GAGGAAGACAGAAAAAUGGCCCUCGAUAAUUUAAUUUUCGCCCAGUGCAUCCUUUACUUUUUAGCCUUUGUAUUUGGUUUCAUCGCCGUGGUGCCUCUGUCGGAGAACACGGAGGAUUUCGGGGGGAAAUGUCUGCUCUUCACGCGGGGGAUGUGGCAAAAUGAAAACAUCACUGUGUCGAAGCAGCGCUUCAUCGUGGAGGAGUGGGGACCCGAGUCCUCCUGCAGCUUCAUCACUUUUGUUGGGAUAGCGUCCCUCAUACUGUCCGCAGUGCAGGCUUGGAGGCUGCUGUUCUUCCUGUGCAAAGGACACGACGACUCAGUCUUCAAUGCCUUUCUCAACCUGCUGAUCAGCUCACUGGUCGUGUUCACAGUCUUCCUGUCUAGCACCAUCGUCAGUGUGGGGUUCAACCUGUGGUGCGACUCCAUCACCGAGGGUGGGACCAUGCCCAGCAGCUGUGAGGAUCUGCAGGACACUGAUCUAGAACUUGGUGUGGACAACUCUGCUUUCUAUGACCAGUUUGCUAUAGCUCAGUUCGGCCUUUGGGCUGCCUGGCUCACCUGGCUUGGGAUUGCAGUGAUGGCCUUCCUGAAAGUUUACCACAACUACAGACAAGAGGAUCUGCUGGACAGCCUGAUCCACGAGAAGGACCUGCUGCUCGGCCGCUCCUCACGCCGCAGCUCUGACCUCAAGACUGGGCUCAUCUAGAAAGCCAGAGGACGCACAAACACACACACACAUACAAAGACAUACAUUCCCAAACAACCGUACAGUCCCCUCAUCUGCCAUAAGAAACACCAAUGUUUGCCUAUGUAGACAAUCAAAAUCAAUUGGCUUCUGCUCUCAUUUGAAUUGAAUCAAACUGAAGGCUUUUGCUUUGUUCUCCAAAGGUAAUUGAUUUCCUCUCAAAAAAAUCCAUCAAUGGUUAUCAAUCGUUGAAGAGUCCUGCUUUAUUGAGUUGAUUCAUCC